UCUUCCAAUCCAUUUAACCCCACCAACAAAAUCCUGUUCAAAUGGCCGGCCGGAAUCUCGCCGGAUUUGAGGCUUCGAGUUUCUCCGACAUGUUUUUCGGGUUCUUGGACGACGGCGAGGGGCUGUCGGCGGCGGGAUUUGGGAGCAGCUUCGAGAGCCAAGAGAGUGAAACGACGGCGUUUGAUGAGAAUGAUGAAGAAAAUGAAAACGGCGUGAGCGUAGAAGAAAGUAGGAUUUUCUGGGAGACACAAAUGCAGAUCCUACAAACGACGAUAUGUCGGACUAAUUCCUUGGAAUUGAAGAUCAGAAACGCUACGAAAGAAGCUGUUAAAGAAAUACAGGAAAAUGGCGGAGCUUGUGGAUGUGGAAGAUCGGUCCUCGCAAUGUCGGGCUGCCGGAGCUGUUUGAUGAGGGAGGUUUCCGGUCACCUUCGAAAUGCUGGCUACGAUAGCGCCGUUUGCAUGACCAAGUGGAGAAGCUCAAAGCAUAUUCCAUCCGGAGAACAUGCAUUUUUGGAUGUGGUACACAAUUCAAAGAAAGGGGAGGUUAGAUUCAUAAUAGAGCUAAACUUGAGAGCCGAGUUUGAAAUGGCUCGAGCGAGCGACGACUACAACCGCCUCGUACGGCGGCUGCCGGAGAUAUUCGUCGGAAAAGUGGAGAAACUCCAUACUAUAAUAAAGAUGCUAUGCGGCGGUGCAAAAAAAUGCAUGAAGGAAAAAAAGAUGCAUUUAGGGCCAUGGCGGAAACAGAGAUACAUGCAAGCUAAAUGGCUGAGUGCAUGUGAAAGGACCAUGACAAUGCCUCUUCUUUCUGUUGGGCAUUCGUCUGGUUGGCUUUCGAAGCCGAGAGCGUCGAUGCUCACCGUUGAUUUGCUCGAAAAAUUGCCGAAUCGGACGGCGGUUGAAGUCGUUUGAUGUAAAAACUAAUUGUAGAGUUGUUUAUUUUGUGUUAGCCAUAAUCUAUGAUACCAAAAAACGUGUAUAUAAAAGGUAGAAUCAUAUGGUUAUGGUAAUGUUCUUUUAAGCAUUUUUUAUUACAAGUUUUAUAUGUUCGUUA